AUGGAUCCAAUAUAUCAAACACUCGGAAUCUUGCCCACGAUUGGGAACGCUAUCGACGUAUACAAGUCAAUCCGGGUGAAGUUCAAGAUCUUUUGCCACUACUCUGCCGAAGUUGAAAGGAUACGGAAAAGGUUUGGAGCGCAGCGGGACUUUUUCCUCAAUGAAGUUGAGCUGGUCCUACGGCUGGCCUUGCAGGACCAAGAUAUCAUCAAAGACAUGAUCAAGGAUCCCGCACACAAUCAGUGGGAAGCAAAUAGCCUCCAAGAGAAGCUUGAAUCAGUGCUGGGGAGAAAUGCGAGGUCGAUGACUGAUAUUGUCAACGACAUUGAAGAGAGUAUGCAAGCGUUACGGAGAGCGUUCCAAUGCUUCACACCUUUAGAGGAAGAGCAGAAACGGGUAAGAAUACAACCAAACACCAUUCGCAAGUUGAGAAAACGCGUUACGAUCACAUUCGAGAAAAAGUCGUUCGAAGAACAAAUCGACCGCCUCGAAAAAAGUAACAGCGGACUGAGACGUCUUCGAGAGCAAGUCAACCAGCUACAGAAGCCUCCACGCUAUACUGCGAAGAAGUCGUCUGCAAGAGCAGGGAGAUUGCCGUUGGAAUUCGGGACAUAUGGAGCUAUAAGAAGGGCCUCAAAGGCUCUGCAUGAAGCAUUAAGGACGGCUUGGUCGAGCACUCGGGCGCCACACCUGGGGCACUUUGUCAGGCUGUUCCUGAACGCCAAAGCGGAGAAUGACGUGCAGAUGGAAAUUGCAAUCCUAUGCUACGGUUCCAAGCUACAGCAGAGAGCCCUGUUACAGACGACAUUGACGAGGCUCCAAGUCCGGUCAAGGACCAUAGACUCUAUCACAUGGUCCAGCGCAGGGUUAUUGGCUCCAGCUUCGGAAGCGGACAACUCGCAGAACGACCGGCGAAAGCGGCAAAGGGUCAGAUUCUCCAGCGUCGGCAGUGACUCUAAUAUUAGCAGCGAUGAAGAAUUGGCGUCAUACACCUCUACGACCCCGACAGAAGUGAAAGUUGCUUCGACAGAUAACCUACAGCUUACGGGCCACUUCUGCCGCGAACUCUCAAGACGCUGCUCAGCUCCAGGUGUCAUAUGCAAGGCAGAGGGUCUAGGGCAUAUCGAUAGUCGCAUGCAGGAAGGCUUUCGUCACUGCUUCUUCCCCUGUUCAAGCUCCCACUGCGGCAACAUGGUACCCGACGAUGUGAUGCUGAUGGAUGAAGCACUCGGCCAGUCUGCCAGCACCAGGCUGACCGUCGUGGGCCAGCUGCAAUUAGCUCACCGGCUCGUGUCUGCCGUGCUCAAAUUCAAUUCAACACCGUGGCUCAAAGAAGCUUGGAGCGUUCGAGAUCUUGCGUUCUUCAAACAAGGAGAAGAUUUGACAAUGUCGCUCCAGACGCUGCAUUUUGGCGUAGAGUUGAUUCACAGCAAGUUCGAGCCCAGAGAUUCCCCGUCUGUCAUGGACGUCGAGUCGCCAGCCAAUCUCGUACAGUCUUUUGAAGAGGCACAAUACAAGCACGGGGUGCGAAAUAUAACGCUAUACAGCCUGGGAGCCGCGCUGCUGGCGAUUGGGAGAUGGGAGCGCAUCGACCACAAUGACAUCGAGGAGGUCCGUCGAUUGGCAUCGCGGCCGUGCUACUUGGGGCCUGUAUACCAAGAGUUGACGCAGAAAGUCCUUGACUGCGACUUCGGGUACGGCAAGGAUCUGAAGAAGCCCAGGCUCCAGCAAGCCAUCUACGAGAUGGUUGUCUUGGAGCUGGAGUCGAUGAUUGCGAGCCUUGAUAUAUCUGAUGAGGAGUAGGA